AGUGAGAGAGAGAGAGAGAGGGGUAAAAUAAAUCCCUAGAAUUGCUUUACUUCUGCCGCUCAUUACUUCGUUUGGCAUUGAGUGUAGAAUUCCAUUCUAUGUCAAGUGUAGAGCAGUCCCAAUAGCUUUAAUAUUGCAUUAGUUUAAACUUUGUGAGUUUGAAAAUGCUUGCACUUUUGUGUGUAAAAUGUCUCUUUACACUUCUUAAAAGUCUUGCAGGAGUUUGUUAGCUUCAACCAUUGGCCUAGAUUUUGUGUAGCAAAAUGUUAAUCUUGCUGAUUUCAACGGUGAAAGACAUAUUAGCGUUCAUUUUAGUGGUGCUUUAAUUGACACAUUUUGCUUGAUCGUUUAAUUUACCAGCUGAAUGGAGUCUAGAAACAGAAGACACAGGUUAAAUGAGACGAGAAGAACUUAUGAAUCGGAACCUGAACUCGGAAGCGAUGGUGAGUCAGAUCUGUCUAGUGAAGAAUCGUACCAUCCAAUGGAUACUCAUAUUCAUCGUAGCGAUUUAGUUAUGGUUGAAGCACAAGCCCAGCAGCAGAAAAACAUGCAUAACCAGAUUGAAAUUACAGUUGAAAGUCCAAAUUCCAAUCAAAAUGCAGAGAGUCAAAAAGUUUCAGGCAUUAUCUUCUUAAAAUAUGACAUCCCUACUCAGAUUUACUUUGUCGUGGAUUUAUAUCGAGCUGCUCUAAGAGGAGAUUGGAAGGCUGCUGCAAAAUGUAUGAGGUCGAAGGAAAAUUUAGCUUGUAUUCAGCUAACAAAAAGAGGAGAUACGGCACUUCACAUAGCUGCUGCCGCCAAGCAAACUGCUUUUGUCCACAGACUAGUCCUAUGCUUGAAAGACAAUGACUUGUUAUUGUUGAAUAGAUUUGGACAAACAGCUUUCUAUAUUGCAGCUCAAUCAGGGGUCGUAGAAAAUGCCAAGGCCAUGUACAGAAAAAAUACGAAUUUGCCAACAAUUCGAGAUAUAAUGAGAAGGACCCCCCUUGAAAUGGCAGUUUUGUUUGGAAACAAAGAAAUGGUUGAAUAUCUUUACCGAAUUACACGUCCUGAAGUUCUCAACGCCAAGGAAAUAAUGGAGAUUCUUGCAGGAAUUAUCCGCAUUGACAUGUAUGAUAUCGCUUUACAGAUAUUAAAUAAGGCAGAUAGAAGAAUAUUUACUUCAACAACAGACAUAGGAAGUGUUUUACGAGCUUUAACUCAAAAACCUUUAUCACACAAUCACGGAAUUCAAGGACGAAAAUGGGAAAGACUCGUGAGCAUCAUUGCUACUAUCCCUUAUAUUCCAUAUUUCAAAAGGUUACAUAGUUCACUUCAUAUGCGAAGACAAGCCAGUCAGUUAGUAAUGAAACUGUGGAGGAUUUUUCUAAAGUUACCGAACUCCGACCUCUUACAAAUUCAAAAGACUCGGAUAUUUCAUUCUGCUGCAAAAUUUGGCAAUGUUGAGUUUUUGACUCUGCUUAGUCACUCAUAUCCUGAUCUUAUAUGGAACUUCGACUCAGAAAACAAUUCCAUAUUUCAUAUUGCUGUUAUUAACCGACAAGAGAAAGUCUUUAGUCUCAUCUACCACACAGGAGUUAGGAAGGAUGAUAUCACACUACUUACAGACAGUGACAGAAACAACAUUUUGCAUUUGGCCGGAAAAAAAGCACCUCCAAGCAGACUCAAUAUUGUAUCUGGACCAGCUCUUCAAAUGCAGAGAGAGCUACAAUGGUUUAAGGCGGUGGAGAAGAUUCUACGGCCUUCCUAUCUUCAGAUGAAAAAUCGGGACGGCCAAACACCAAGGGAGUUGUUUACGCAGAAGCAUGAGACAUUACGGGAAGAUGGUGAGAAGUGGAUGAAGAAGACAGCAACUUCUUGCAUGGUUGUGGCAACUUUAAUUGCAACAGUUGUGUUUGCUGCAGCCUUUACCGUACCAGGUGGGUAUAAGCAAGAAAAAGGCUCCCCAAUUUUCUUGAAAGAUGGGUUGUUCACAGUUUUUGUUACAUCUGAUGCGCUGGCAAUGUUUACCUCGACAGCUUCCAUAAUGACGUUUUUGUCUCUGUUUACUGCACAAUAUAGAGAAGAUGAUUUUCUAGUUUCAUUACCGGCAAAGUUGAUGAUUGGACUAUUUACACUCUUUGUUUCAAUCGUUUGCAUGGUCGUAACAUUUAGCGCAACCUUCAUUUUAGUCUACAAGGAAGAAAAGCAUGGGACAUGGCCGAAAGUUGUUGCUGCUUUUGGUUUGCUUCCAAUCAUUUUAUAUGUAUUCCUAAAUUGGAAGUUAUGGAUUGCCCUAAUCCGCUCCACAUUCUUUGCGUCAAGGUCUAUGUUUCGAUUGAGUAACAACAGGCUUUUCCAGUAAAAGGAGCCACAAUAUUAGUUGUAGUUACUACGGCUUUAUUUUUCAAGUCCACGAAUAAGUGAAGAAGCUUUCUAUUUCUUAUUUA